CGGUUGCCGCUGGCCGGUCUGGCGCCGCCCCGUGUGCUCAUGUGUAGCGCCUCGAUGGGGGCCGAAGGAUCCGUGACGUUGCAGCUCCGCGAGGCAGUGCAGGCUCCCGACGGGGGCAGUUCGCUGGACGGAGCGCUCACGAUCGGCUACCCGGACCCGGAAAUGUUGGCCGACAUGCUGGGCACCUUUCAGGGCGCGUCCACCGUCGGCUCCGACACGGACGGAACCAGCUUCGACCUGCUGCAGGACUGCGUCAGUCCCCCACCACCCGCGAGCCACCAUCGGACGGCGGAUCAGCACAUCGAGCACCUGACCGGUUCCAUUCUGGCCAAAAGCUCCAACACACACACCAGCACAACUGGCACGACCACCGUCACGCUGAAGGCAGAACCAGUCACCAAAGCCAGCCAGGCACUGAGCGAAAAGUCGACCACCGUCGCCGUCACCAGCACGAACCUUGGGAGCAUCCCUGCGCCACAGCUUAGCAGUAGCAGCAGCAGCAUUAGUGGCCUCGCGCCGUCCGCGAUCGGGAGUGCGGCGAAUGUCGUGCAUCACGGAACCACGAUGGUGACCGUGAAAAGCUCUCCGGCCAGCCUGGGAAGCGUCGGCCUUAGUGCCGCCAGUCCCAGCUCCGCCAGCGGGCUCGUCCUCACGGCCAUCGGGCGCUCCGAGACGAUCUCCCCGGCGAUGGCUUCCGGUAGCCCCAGUUCGGCGUCCUCGUCGCCGUCCGCUUCGUCAUCGCCGCCGCUGGGAGGACUGGUGAAGAAACCGCGCCCCAAGACGGUCUCGCCGACGCGCCACGGACCCCAACAGUGCCAGGUCUGCAGUAAGGUGUUCGGUAACGCGUCCGCCCUCGCCAAGCACAAGCUGACGCACAGUGACGAGCGAAAGUACGUGUGCGGGAUGUGCUCGAAAGCGUUCAAAAGACAGGAUCACCUCAAUGGCCACAUGCUGACGCAUCGCAACAAAAAACCGUACGAGUGCAAGGCGGAUGGCUGCGGCAAGUCGUACUGCGACGCGCGGUCCCUGCGCCGGCACACCGAGAACCACCACAGCCCCCUGGGACUGGGGUCGCCUUCCGGAACCGCCAGCCCGGGACCGAGCGGAAGCAAUGCCGGACCACCCGGCGGGCUCAGUCUGUCACCAGCGACGGCCAGUGGCGACGCGAGCUCACCUCACGGGGCCACCAUCGUGCAGUUCAGUGUCAACGGCAGUGGCAGCACCAACAGCUCCGGCAGUGCCAGCAACAGUAGUAGCUGCAGCUCGAGCAGCAGCAGUUCCAGCCUUUCUAGCAGCAGCUCAAACAGCAGUAGCAGUAGCAGCAGCAGCAGCAGUAGCAGCGGUAACGUGAGUGAUUCGGGUUCGAGUUGCAAAUCGCCUUCACCCAGCUCGCCCGCUCCGGGCAGCGGCAACGAGGGACUCACCCGGCAGCAGCUCGAUCUCAUCUCGCAGAUCAUGCAGCAAACGAAGCAAGCGAACGCCGCGGCCGUUGCCGCUGCGGCCGCUGCCAGUAACGCCGCCGCCAGCAGUACGACGAACUCGAGCACCACGGCCAGCCACGGCCACGGCACAGGAUCCAGCAGCCAGAAGGUGGCGCCUCGGCCCCGAACCUGGAAUAUGCAGAUGGAGGGAAGUAACAACUACGGCAACAACAAUAACAACGGCAACCGCCAGGAUCCGUACAGAGUUCCGGCGUCCAAAUGA